GCUGGGCAGAGGCCACCGGUCGCUACUGUCAGGCUCAGCCGUGGAACGGAGGGCAGAGGCGGAGGAGGGGCAUAACAGCAGCGAGGAGUCAGUGGUGGAGGCAGCUGAGAGGGCAGAAGCAGCGGCGGCGAGCGACGGAGCGCUUGGUCAGCCUCGGAGCAGUUAAGUCCUUCGUGAACCACUUUCAAUUUCUGACUGUGUUAAAACUCCAAACUAUUAUUUUUGAAGACUAUGUCCCACCAACAUAACUGCAUUUAUACUGUGUCAAGAAAGAUUACCAGCAGCAAUUUUCCAACAAGAUGAAGAAAAUUAGAAUGCAGAUAUUCUUUCCUGGAUCAUGGCAGGACACUCCAUGAAACAAAAAGAAAUAAAUGGAAAUGUGGAAAUUUCUGUUCCAUUGGAUGACUGUGGAUUAGAUGUCAGAAAUCCAUUAGCAAAUCACAAUUAUCUUAAGCCUAAGGGGGCCUUCAAAGGAGAGACAAUAAAAUUAGAUACUAAUAUAACUUCUGAUUCUGAAGCAGUGGAUUCUCAGGAGUCAAAUGUUGCUGGUCAUGUAAUCUUCAUGGAGGAUGCUGUUUCAGACGAGAAGCACAUCUUAACCGGGGCUGAUUCGGUGGAGGACAAACAGAAAAAUGUUUUGCCAGAGGAAUUACCGAGUGCAUGGAUGGAGGAAGGAAGUAAUGAUAUAUGGAGUGACUUUGCAAGUUAUUGUAAACCGCCUCUUGUUCCACAUCAGGGUGUUGGUACUUGUGGGUUUCCCAUGAUAGAAGAGAAUAAUUCUGGGGAAGAGCAUUCCCUGCAACAGGGCAGCAAUGUUUUUAAUGACAACUUCAGAAGCCAUCAUCCUUUUCCCAGCCAGGACCAUAAAUCUCAUACAAGGGUUGAAUUUGACAAUGAAUCCAAACUCUCUGUAUCAGCAGCCAAUGCUUAUGCACAAUCGGUCAGCACUUCAAAGUUAAACAUUUCUAGGGAUGCUAACGACAAUCCAGGCCAAGGCGUUGGUUUUGCAGACUCCACUCUGAAGUGGGCACCAUUUGAGAGUAAUGGCUGGUUAGUGGAAAGCACCUUUCAGAGCGACUGCAGAGAAACUACAACUUCAGACUUCGGUGGUGUUCUGUGCCCUCCUACCUCGUCACUUUUGCAAAUCCAGGAGAUUCUCUCUGCAAAUUCUGCUUUGAAGGUUGAUAAAAGGAAUCUCAUCGAAAACAUUUUCCAGAACUCUUUUCCUUCUCAACCUAUAAAACAUGCAUUUGAAGAUAUUCCUGCACUGGAGAAGUCUCUUGAGAUGAACGGGGAAGGAAGUGAUCCAAUUAAAGCAAUGGAAUCAACAAGUUAUGAAUUUGCCAAUGCAUUGGAAGAACUUCAGGAUCUAAACAAAGUCUGUCUAAAAUCAUCCUGGAAAGUAUCACAUUCUCGGGAGAAGCUGUUAUCUACACUGGGAAUUGAUCAAAAUCAAAAGGAUAAUGGACAAGCUGACCUAAAGGAUGCCAUGGCUUCAUAUUCAGACCUGGAGAAGACUGAAGUAUUUGCAGGAGUUGCAGCCUUACCUCACAAUGGCUCCAAGGCCCUCAUCCAGACCAGGAUCUCUGUAAUGCCGCCCCAAAGAGUCAGCCAUGGUUUCGGUCAUCAGUUGGAGACUGCGUUUGUGCAGUGGAUGCAGAUGAAUGGAAAUCGAGCCUUAAAAAUCCCAAAGAUCAAAAGACAUUCAUGGUUUAUGUGAUAAAAUAUUUAAAUCAAGUGUGCUUUGAUUUUUUUUCUAGUUGCUCAGUUUCAUUUCAAAUGUUUACCAGCAUUUGUCAUUUUUUCAUAUAAAGCUUCAUAUUUUAAUUAAAUAUUUCAAAGUAACUGUUGGAAUUCAGUUAUAGCACAUGUUUUAAAGCAAAUAUUUAUAAUUGUUGAUAAUUAUAUUUAAUCUUUUUAAAACACUCAUUCUCAGAAUUUGGAUUACACAAACACGGUCAUCCUUUUUUUUUCCCCAUUCCCUGCUUUGCUGAAAGAUGCAAACAUUGAUUUUACUGCUGACUGAUCUACUAGGCCUCUGCUAAGAGUAUUUUGGCAAUGCCGUGCAAACUUCAACCCUCACCACAGCCACCCCGCCUUCAAAUAACUCUUGAGCUCAUUAGGAGCAUGCAUGUGUGUGUGUGUCUAUGUUUCUGUCUCUGCGUAUAGUGCACCUGUUUAAAGUGCCUCUCCGAAAACAAUCUGAUAUAAAUUCUUCUGUUUGCCAGUGCCAUUGACCAAACACCAUUCCCUGAAGACUGUGUCUAAACUAGUCAGAUUUCCCCAUAUUCAGCGGCUGAUUGGCCAGUUAAAGUUGUGCUGAUUUCCAGGUUUUUAACCGCUAGAUUUAACAGUCAUCGAUGGGAUUUAAAUGUGAGUUUGCUGUGUUCCAAAUUGAUCUUCUGAACUUCUAAUCUAAAGGCAUAUCUACUAUACCCCCUUGUGUUUUGGGGCUUAAGUUAAUGUAUGACUACUACUACAGUUUUAACGUGGAGAUGUAUAGUUGUUCAGCUUCAAUACAAAACUAACAAUAUUACUCAGGAAAAUGCCAAACGCAAAACUGUGAAUUAUGUCGUUCCUUAUUGGAUGCGGGAAUUGGGAGUUGUUAGAAGUUGGUAUGAUUGUUGUGGAGUUACCAUGUGGUAUAAUACCAUCCUUAAUAGACUCAAGUGUAAGUUUAUUCUUUUAUUAUGUUAUAUAUUUGUAAAUGCUCAAAAUAAAAAGACUUCAAAUAGUGAUGUUACUUCACACAAACAGUUUGUAAAUGUAAUGUGAUGCCAUUGUACAACAGGUAUGCCUGGUAGGCUUUACUGUAUGUGCAUUGUUGGAUGCCACAAUUUUGGUUGGCAUCUCUUGCUAUAUUACAAUAAUUAUUAUUUCUGAUAUUAAUAUAAGUGAUGAUGGAAUAUUUUUGAUUCUAGCUGCAAUUAUUUAAAUUUCAUCCUCACUUUAAAAACUUUAGCUGUAUUCAGAACUUGAUGGGCUGAUAGGCCUGUUCCUGCUCCUGUGUCUUAUGGUCUAAUACUUGCUGUCCACACAUUUUAAUUAUCAACUAGAAAUUUAAUAAAAUCUUGAUUAUUUUUGUAUAAUA